UAUUACAGAGGAAUUUAAAAAGACAAGAGAAAAACAAUUGAGGAUUUGGAAAGAAACAAGAGACAACAAGACAAGCAUUAAUGAAAAUUCAAGCUUCGCUUCCAACCAACUGGAAAACAAGUAGCAUAGUAAAAGGAUAAUUUAAAACUGAAAUAAAUUUGUAGUGAAAUAUAUCCAAUUUGGCUUAACAACCACAUUUUUUUUUUCAAUUAUAAAUUUUUUGUGUUUGCUGCUAGAAAUCUUCAAAUUCAAUCUAUUUGAAGAAUGAGGCUGGAAGAAUACAGCACAAUCUUUGACUUUAUCAAUCACCACAAAUCUAAUUGUCCAAGAACAGUUCUCUCUAAUGUUAUUUCAAACUUUGGGUCUCAAUAUCAAUAUCAUACACUAAUGAGUAUAUUUUUGACCUGUUUGCAACGAAAAGUGAAAAUGACGUACCACUCAAAAAUGAAAGAAGAGAAAUUGAAAUAUUAUUACAAAUUAUAUAAAGAACGAAUGAAUAUCUCACAUCAAAUGAAUCAUAAACAAAAUGUAAUGAAAAGUAACGAGUUUCCCGCACAAAAUAUUGAACAAACCUCAAUGGAAAUUGCAAAAUUGUGCAAUGGAAAAGAAGCAGUUUCGAAUGGCACUGACAGUGGUUCUUCUGAUGUAAAUGGCAAAUCUGUAUUGAUUGGUAUUGCAAAUGAUUUCGAAAUUCCACCUUGUUUAAUGGCAAGAAUUAUUGUAGAGCAAUACCUCAUUGAAGAAAAAGCUUCUGCCAACAACAAAGAAAAUUUUGCUACGGGAACAGUGAUUGGUAACAGAAAAAAUCAAAAUGUUACACAAGAAACUACAGUUGGAUCACUCAAAAUGGAGAAUAUAAAUAAUGAACAAGUGCAGAAAACUGUACAUCUUGCUAGAGUUGAUGGAACUAAAUAUUCACCUUGUCCGGCCUCUCGUAUUGGGUUAUCAAAUAAAUCUAAACCAGAUGUUAGUUUUCCGCCAAUGAGCAAUCACCAAUCUUCCACACAAUCAAUGCCUACUAGCAAACCCCCUAGCACAAGCUCUGUUUCACAAACAUCGAUCAAAAAUAAAGUGUCAUCUUGGAUGAAAGAUCCUUUUCUUAUACCAGAUGAGAAGCUUCGUGAACAAGUUUUGCAAUGUAUAAGUUUUGAUGUGUGUUACGGCCCAAUUAAUGAUGCUAUCCGACAUUCGGUUGGUCUUGAAUUUGAGGAAAAACUCGUUCGAAAUGUAAAAAGGCACAAUCUACCAUUUCUGGAUGAGAAUGAUCUAAGAAAACGAGGAUAUGACAAAACUCCUGAUGUAAAACUGGAAGUUCCAAUAUCAGUAAAUGGUUAUCCGGUUUGUUGGAUAGAAAGCAAAGCAUCAUUCGGUGAUUUACAAACUCAUAGUGAAUAUUUGAGAGACCAGUAUUAUAGUUAUUGGAAUAGAUUUGGUCCUGGUAUAGUUAUCUAUUGGUUUGGGUUUAUUGAUGGAAUCUCUGAUGAGAUGAAGAAAUUGGGAAUACUAGUUAUGGACGAUUUUCCAUCUGAUGAACAAAUUUCUUUCAUGAAUCCAUAAUCUUGGUGACUUUUUCAAUAUUUGAAAUUUUUGUAUUUGUUUAAAAUAACUCCUAUUUAUAGAUUGGUUGGUUUAGUUUGGAUUCUUAUAUAAUUCAAUAUUUUUCAAACCAUUUUACUAUUGAUCUAAACCAGUGGUUCUACACCCGUGGGGUAACUAUGAAAAAAAUCCUUUCUGCAAAAAUAAACACCUUUACUUCAAUAACUAGAAUGCCACCCUGUAGCAAAAUACAGCAUUGUCAUUCUUUGAUACUAUCAUCAAUCUAGCUAAAUUUAUCAAUAUCUUUAGCAAUUUUUUGUGUCCCAUCUGAAAAUGUUGUUCUGGCCAAGCAGUGGCUAUGACUCACUGGUUUAGAAUCGGUGGUUUAAUUAAACAAUACAGUGCUUAUUAAGAAGUAUUUAUGGCGUAAUUUAAGUUCUGAUCUGCUUUAGUAUUGGGUUUCCUUCUUUUAGUUUUUCAUUGAGACCUGCUUCAUUUAUGGUUUUUGUUUGUGUAAAUGACUAAUUUUCUUAUUGAUUCAUCUAGUCUAGUCAAUAAUAAAUAAAGUUCGAAUUUCUAUCCUUAAUAUCAGGAUGUAUACCAAUAUUUUCAUUUCCAUAGUAGGGUCGGACCGAUAUCACCUACCAAUAAUGAAUUAAAGUAUUGGCUAAUUUUAACAUCAAUUGUUGUUGUCUAAUCCUGUGAUAUGGUGUCAUAGUGAUUUUCCCAUAUUCAAAUUCACUCAAUGCCAAGUGUUCCUUGCUUUUCUAUGCUCGUUGUAGGCUAUCAUUUUUAUGCUUAUUUUCCUAUUAUGUGAUUGACAUAUCAGAAUGAUGUGAUUUUUGUGUGGCGUAGUCAGAUUGAGGCCAGAUAAGACAUAUAUGCAGAAAUUGUUAAGUCAUGCCAAGACCAGAACCCAUCAUUUUUGUGGAAAAACAUUGAUAUUUUCCUAUUUUGUGUAGUGUUAGAGAACUAUCAAUCUUAUUACUAUGUUGGUACCGGUCGGGCCCUACUUUUGAUGUAUGAAGUGGUAUUUUAUUGAUGGUAGAUUGCUAUCGUUUUUAUAUGCCUGGGCCAUUUGAUAAAUUUGGUUACAAAUGCUUGCUUUCGAUUUCUCUAUGUUCAAUACAGCAAACUUUGUAUCAUGCUUUCUCAAUUGAUAUUUGUAAUGUAACUGUGUUUUUUGCAG